UUAAACGACUCCACAUAGGCCCGUACACUCUAUAAACUGUGGUCCCCGCGCUGCGCAGGAAGGAGACGAGCGGCAGCGGCAUUCUCCGUUGUGGACAGCGCCCGGAGAGAGCGUGCACGUUGGCACGCUUGUUUCCGCGGAGCCCAAACUAUGGUCGGCGCUGCAAAGAGAGGAAUAGGCAGGCAUAGCAGAGUACGAGCUGCGUGCAAACGGGCGUGCAGUCUCUCUUUCUCUCUCUCUCUCUCUCUCUCUCUCUCUCUCUCUCUCUCUCUCUCUCUUUGAGGUGUUGCUGCUGAAGACGUGGAGAGUUCCAUUCUCAGUCGGCCCAGAAAGGAAAUAGGUGGGUUCGCGCGGCGCGGGGAAGGACACCCUCUCUCUCUCUCGUUCCCUCCCUCCCUCGGUCACAAACGAAACAGCUGUUGACUUGCGUGCACACCAACAGUGUGCAGUCUAAAAAUUGUCAAAGCCUGUGGUUGCUGUUGCUACUGUGCCUCCACCUCUACACACAACAGUCUACAUGAAUUUGGACGCUUUUCUGCACCAGGUGCAUUCAGACGCAUCAAAGAAAGCGUUCAAAUGCAUGUAGAGAGUGUUAUGUAGUGGAGUGAGGCCCGGUAAUAGCCAAGGAGCGACGAAUGCACAGUCCUGAAAAAUAGUCGCUAAAUGGGUAGCUGUUAUACCGCUGACAGGCGUAACCGACGUCUUCCCGAACCAAUUUUUAUCGUGUGAUCACAGAUGCCUACCAUCUUCCGUCUAACACAACUACCCCUCAUUAUGGAUGUGUAGAAUCACAGAUACCUUCUGUCUUUUCCCUCGAACACGACGUACGCCUCAUUAUGGAUGUAUACAAUCUAUCUUUCCAGCCAAAUACGUUCAUGAUGACGGUGUGUUGCGUCUGUCUCUUAUACACAUCUAGAUGUGUAUAAGAGACAGGCGAUAAUGUGUGGACAUUCAUCUUGGAGAAUGCAUUCUUCAAGACCGAUAAUGAGCAAAUCGAUGUCGACAGGGUAAAGAUUGUGGCUUGCGACGCAAAAAUCCUUGCGCGGUAGCCGCCGCCAUCUUGCACCGGGGCUUCGUUCAGUGUUCUGUCGAAACCUGCGGGACCAAUAGCAGUCGUCGGCAGUUGGAUUAAUUUGUUACUUGCACUGCGAACAUCCUCUCAUGGGCACACGCUUUUACCGCGCUCGAAGCGAAGCGCCUGCCAAGCCUCCCCCUGCGGGAAGUCGCUGUCUGAUUGCGCGGUGGUCGCAGCGGCAAUUUCGGUGGUUAUUUUUGUCUGGAGCGCAAAAAUCCAGACACUCCCACACUGAUGGCAUGGUAGCAGCGCCAUGUAAGGAGCGAUCGCGAGAAGUAAUUGCCCGCCGCCACUCCCACGCCGAUUGGUUUACUCGCAAGCUGCAGUGGUAGUCGACUGUCGCGCGUAGGUCUGGUGAGAGCGAGCUUGUAUAGUCUCUCUGCAGUCACAACCAAAUCCGCGAGAGGACGAACCAGGGCAAGCAGUCUGUCCAGAUGURUGGGUGAAGAAAACUAUGAACCAGGGCAAGCAGUCUGUCYAGAUGAUGAGAAUGCGCGCAUCUCGUCUGRUUGSCGCGAAGCAGUGUGGCCAACAGAUAGUGUGUGAUAUGACAGGUGAUUGCGUGUGCUUACGCGAACACACUAUCUGCUGCGAAGUUGCUGUGGAAUGUAACAGGUGGGCUGGGGCACCAUAUUUGCUUUCUGUGUGUCGCCGUCAACGGGGAGGGUUGGAGUGCAAAUGAUGCUGCUGACCCCGUCCGGAGAAGGCUAUGUUUCCGAUACACGAAUGCACAUCAACCAGCUUCACGGAUAGAUUUUCGUGAGCCGAUCUUGGAGUACAGAAGGGAAGGAUUAAUUGCAAGGAAGGGAAAAACAAAUCGGUGUUGACAAUCUGCCAGUUCCGUGAGCCCCCCUGCAAAUCGGAUUAUGUACGCCCGGUAUUGGGCCCUUCUGGUCCUUCAUGCUUCUGGCGCUUAGACUCUUUACUGAACGUGUGCACACAAUCAUCCAUCCAAGCAUGUCUGGUCGCUUUGCACUGACUGAUGCCCGCUCGCCUGCGCUGGAUGGAAACCGGUGUACUUUUUGCAAAGAAGAAGAUCUUUUUCUUCUUCUUCUUCUUCUUCUUCUUCUUUUUUAAUACUCUGAUGGCACAAUGCCUGUGAAAGGUUUAACAGAAGAGGACAGGUUUAUUGUUGUCAGAUGUUGUGAUGAUGAAAGGACUGGAUUCGGCGAGUUUGGCUUGGCUGCAUGUAGCGUGCGUCACUCCAGAUUUUCUAUUGGUUUGGAUUAAAAAAUGAUGCCAUUCAAUCCUUGCCAAAUUGGAAAGUGAUGUGAACACCCAACCUUUUGUUUCCUGUGCAAGAGCCAAAGGCCCAUGGGCCAUGGAUGGGUAGCGCUUGCUUGGCGGAACGCCAGAGUGACGGUAUGCAGGUAGGAUCUUCUUUUGACACGAGGAUUGGAUUUCGUGCAGAUGUAUCGGAGUUCUUGUCGCAGGUUCAUUUUUUGUAACUCUUGAGAAAAAAGAGUGUAUCUGACACGGAGGCAUAUUUUGGGACAUCUCUGGCUCACGUUUGCAUGCCCGCUGUCACGAGUUGUCAUUGAUUUUUUCCGAUUGUGUGUGUGUGUGUGUGUGUGUGUGUGAGAGAGAGAGAGAGAGAGAGAGAGAGAGAGAGAGAGAGAGAGAGAGAGAGAGAGAGAGUCCUCGCCUUCCUCCUUGCCCUCCUGCACCCAAAGGAUGAGGAGGAAAAUGAGGGAGAAUGAGGAGGACGACAGCGAUGAAGAACAGGCGUGCGCCCCAACGAGGAGCAGGAUGGUGAUGAAUGUUUCUUGACACAGCAGUCCAUUUCCCUAGUACCUUGUUCUGAUGCAAUAGUUCAUGCGCCUCAUAAUUGCAGUUUGGGCGUACGGGAGAGAAAAAUAUGGCCCUUGCUGGUAAGAUUGGCCCCUCCGUGCUUUGUAUUUGCCACGGGCGGGCAUUGGAAAAGGAAGCUUAGACUGACUGGUGGUUUAAGUUUCUUUUAUGCUGUGUCCUCAUCAUCGUUGCUCUACCAUUGCCGUCAGUCAUUGCCCCCCUCCUCAUUCUCCACCGGAAUAUCUAGGCUGUCGCCCCAAAAACAGUUAUAAUGAUUGGGCAUUCUGUGGAGGUGAAGAUGGUGUCGAUGGACUGUGAGGAGCACCAGUAGACCAUACAUUGGCACACAAGUGUCGUGCUUUUUUCAAUGGUUAAUUCUGCUUUAAAAUCAAUCGGUUCUGUAACA